GGUACACGCUGUCCACCACAGAGUUCCACAUUGUCAUUGAGAUCCCAGUCGGCUCGCCUGAUGGACACUACAAGAGCCAUGCUCCAGAUUACCAAUACCACAUCGCCUACUUUGUGGAGCCCAUGCUUGAGGUACUGUGGAGGACCACUGAGACCCAAGAUGAUACCAGAUACAAGGUUUUGUUCCCCAUUACCACCCCUCUUAUGCUUCAACCUCUCCACGUCCAAGAAAAUACUGUCCCAGAAGCCCGGGUGUUUAGUGUUGUCUUGGGGCCCCUUCUUCAUGAUGUGGUGCUGAGGAACAUCACCUUCCUCACCAAGGUGCUCACUGUUGAAGAGAGCAAUGCCAGAGGCUUUACCAUCCAGGAGCACCUCUACUCCAAUGGAACCAAGAGCAUCUCUGUGUUGGUGCCCUUUGAUGCAGAUAUUGUCCUGAAAGAUAAUCCUGAACCCUUGGUUACAACCUACGUCCUCUCUCUGAUCUUUGGGUUUAUCAUCCUGCCUGAAGAAGCUCCAUUUGCCCACCCAGUCGAGUUGCAGGCAUCUCUGCAGGAUGUUGAGCUACCCACCAUCACUGGCACCUGUGAUCAGAACCAGUUUUACAUCAACGUGAAAUUUGGGAGUCAAGGCAACAAUUUGAAGGCAAUGGUUGGACAUCAACAGCUGACACCUGAGAUGUCUGACUACCAGUUCCAAGAAAACCGAACACACUUCAGCCUUGUACUGCCGUACACUGCCAAGGACACAACCUUUGAGCUGAUCACCUCAGAAUCACUAAGAGCUAGCGUUGACUUCUUUCUGUUGCAUACCAGCAAAGACUGGGUGCUUGCUGAUCUUUUCUUGACCUGCAACUUCCCCUUAACAACAACCAAGUGCUACCCCAAUGGAACGAUGACCGCUACGGCUGUAAAGGUGGAUUCUGUCGCCGAUAUCCCGAGUAGGCUGACCCUAAAGGACCAGUCCUGCAAACCGGCAUUCAGCGAUGAUCGCUUUGCAUAUUUCUCUUUCAGUGUUUCUUCCUGUGGAACCACUAGAACAUUCUUUGACCACUACAUGCUGUAUGAAAAUGAGAUUGCCUUGCCUUACAACAAAAGGGCAUCACCAGUUGGUCCUCAGUACAGACAAAUGAUUUCCUGCUACUAUGUGGUCAAUGAGACUCAGACUGUUGGCUUCAGCUCAAAACCAAGACUAUUUGAACCCACCGCAGAGAUCGGCUCAGGACAGCUGAUGGUUCAAAUGAGGCUAGCCCAGGAUUCAUCGUACAAGCUCUUCUAUCGAGCAGAAGAUUAUCCAGUUGUGAAAUAUCUGAGGCAGCCUCUGUAUUUUGAGGUGGAGCUGGUUGAGUCUACUGACCCAAAUUUGGAGCUUAUCUUAGAGAACUGUUGGGCUACACUUGAUGACGACCGGACAGCUCUGCCUAGCUGGGAUAUCAUUGUGGACAGCUGUGAGAAUUCUGAUGACAGCUAUGUGACAAUUUUCCAUCCUGUUAUGAGCAAUGCUAGGGUUUUAGUCCCAUCCCACAUCAAACGCUUCUCUAUGAAGAUGUUCACCUUCACUAAAGCUGAGGAGGUUCUGAAAAAUGAGAUCUUUGUCCACUGUGAUGCAGACAUUUGUGACAAACGCAGCCAGGCAGAUGGUUCAUGCAGAGGCCAAUGUAUGCAACCUGCACACCAGAUGAACUACAGACGAGGGAUAAAAAGAGUAAAGCGGGGAUUAAAUGACUACAGGCCCGUCAUGAAAUCCUUUGAGAGACUGGUGUUGACCCAUCUGAAGGACAUCACAGGGCCCCUGCUGGAACCCCUGCAUUUUGCCUACUGUGCAAACAGGUCAGUGGAUGAUGCAGUCAAUAUGGAACUGCACCAUAUGCUGCAACACCAGGACUCCCUAGGGACAUACGCAAGGGUCCUGUUUGUGGACUUCAGCUCAGCAUUCAAUACCAUCAUCUCGGAGGUACUUCAGGAUAAACUCCCAGCUCAGCGUACCAGCCUCCACCUGUCACUGGAUCACUAA